AUGGAUAGAGAACAAGAUGAGUUGCAGUUCCUUGGUAUUAUUGGCAUCUACAAAGAAUCCUUCAAGAUUAUAUACAACUGGAGAAAAAUCUUCAGCCAAAUCACCUUGACCUUGAUCCUCCCUUUGAGCUUCAUCUUCUUGGCUCACAUAGAAAUCUCCAACAUCCUCCUCUCCAGGAUCCUCCACAGCGAACUCGUCUUAGACGAAACCAGAGGGGCAGACAGCGCCUCCCGCCAGAAGAAAUUAUCCGACGUCAUCAACAAAGAAUGGGCAACCUACUGGCUCUUCAAGGCUGCUUACCUCACUUCCAUGCUCAUCUUCGGCCUCCUCUCCACCUCCGCCGUCGUGUACACCAUCGCAAGCGUAUACACUUCCCGGGAAAUCACUUUCCAGAAGAUCAUGAGAGUCGUCCCGAGGGUCUGGAAGCGCGUGAUGAUCACCUUCUUGUGCACCUUCCUGGCUUUCUUCCUCUACAACCUAUUGGCAAUAGUGGUUCUAGUUCUUUUUGUAAUUUUCAACGGAAACGGCCAAUCCAACGCCGGAGACAUUAUCGGUUUCUUUUUACUGAUCUUGUACGUUAUCGGGUUCGUGUACAUGACCAUAAUCUGGCAACUGGCUAGCGUCGUCUCGGUGUUGGAAGAAACGAGAGGGAUCAAAGCCAUGAUCAAAAGCAUGAAGCUACUCAGAGGGAACAUGUGGGUGGCCACGAUCAUCUUCUUCAAGCUCAAUGUUUUAGCUGCUGUUCUUCAGUUUGCGUUUCAGGCGUUGGUUGUGCGUGGAGGGAUGUUUGGGACGAUGGGCAGGGUUGGCUUUGGUGUUCUAUGUUUGUUGUUGCUGUUUAAAUUGAUUCUGUUUGCCCUCGUCAUCCAAACGGUGCUAUACUUCGUCUGCAAAUCGUAUCACCAUGAAAUCAUCGACAAGUCGGCUCUGUCGGAUCACCUCGAGGUUAUUUAUCUGGGAGACUAUGUGCCUCUCAAGUCUAAGGAUGUUCAGCUUGAGCAGGUUUAA